AUGGCCAGAAUCAAAAGUGGUAAAUAAUAAUAAAAACAACCUCCUCAAUAGACCUACUAACAAUAAUAACCUGCUCAAUAAUAGCCUAUUCAAAAAAAUAUCAAAAAGAUUAAAUAAGCACCAUCUGAAGAAAGAAUUAUUGAGAGGAAACCUUCUCCACAAUAGUUAUUAGAGAAAAGAACCAGAAGGGAACAAUAACAGCAAAGUGUUAAAAAGAAAAUUAGAUAGCCCUAUAAUUAAGGAUUUUACCCAGAAGUUCCUAAUUUAUAAUUUCCAAAUCAAUUACUAGAUUGCUUGGUUAAAGUGAUUUGCUCUUUCGGGAACAGUGCCAAACUAACUUAGAUAAUCAAAAACUUAAGUUUGUUUUACACAAAUGAAGUUCAAGAGGAAGUAGUAAAUUUAGUUUUAGCUGAAUCAGAGGAAUCUGGAGCCAUUUAUGAACUGGAAGCAAAAUUCAAAGUUACAAAUGCUCUUAUUUAAAAACCCUUGUUACAGAAGAAUGACUAACUUGGAUCAAAGAUGAAGCAUGAAGAUAUUGAUGAUAAUGAUCAGUUCCAUUCACUUUCAAACAAUCAUGCUCAAUGUAUAUAUCCUAUAUAAAUCUUAAGAGGAUCAGGAAAUCGAAGAUGA